UUAUGUGUCUCUGCCAUUCCUCCUGCCAUGUAUAAAAUGUCUUUGCCGGACACUUGUUGAACCAUUUAAUAGAGUCACUCGUCCAGCGACACACAUCAAGCCCCAGGUUGCCUUUGCCCAGGUUCCGGUCUCACAAAGUAUCCACAAGUCCUCAGUUCUAAAAUCUAUAAUCAUUAUGGCAAUUAAGUUGGUCGCCCUUUUGGCCAUUGGCCUGGCCGUUCUGGCCAUUACCGAAGCCCGCCAUGUGCCCGGUCACCGUCACCACGGUCACUUCCAGGAGCGCGCCCUCAUCGCCAAGCCCCAUUCCGGACCCCAGGGACGUGUCUUCCCCGGUGCCGUGGCCAUCAAGAAGCUGGUCCUGCUGAAGUUCAAGAAGAUCGUGCCCAUCUCCCUCAUCCUGCUGAAGUCCAGCAACGAAAAUGAAGCCGAACUGGUGCCCGUCUACCCCACCGACCAGAUCCCCGAGAAUGUCCAGUUCAUCCCCACUCCAAAUGGCAUUUCCGGCCACAAGGAUGUCCAGGCCAUCGCCAUUCCCACCGAGCUGCACGACCAGCUGCAGAUCAACGGACUCUCCAACCUGGAGAACAUCGAGGCCCUCCUGCAGAGCAGCUCCAUUUCCGCCGCCGACAACGAGGCUGAGGGCGGUGCUCCAGUUGGAAACAGCAUUGCUGUCGCCCAGCCCGAGGAUAUUGUCCUGGACCAGCCCGAGAACGAUGAGGAUCAGCUGCUGGAUGGUGGAGCUCCCGCUCCCGCUCCCGCUGCUGCCGUCGCCCCUGUCGCUGCCCCCGCCGCUGGACCCGGCCUGCGUCGCCUCUCCGCCGAUGAGCUGCUCCGCUCCGGAGUGAGGAACUCCGCUCAGCUCCAGCAGACUAGCGUGGAGGAGAUCCCUCUGCUUCUGUACUCAGCCAACGAUGGUUCCGUUUCCGUAUCCGGCGGAUCCGGACGCCGCUUUGUGGCCGCCACGCCCGCCAAGAGGCGUCGCCAGCAAUUCUACAACUAAGUCCACUUAGGAAUCCUUCUCUUCUCAUCCUCUUCACCCUUAAACCCUUUCAACCUACUUAUAUGGCUGUCACACACGGGCUUCACUGUACACUCUUCCCCUCCUCUCUCGCCCUCUCACGCUAUGUAUUUAUUUUUUUUUUUUUUACU